CGCAGCAUGGACAUCACUGAUCAGUUUUUUUUCAUUUAUCAACAAUAGCAUGAAAGUGUCAAGAAAGAUUAGAAAACUGAACAAACUACGUCCGUUAUCACACACAUCUGAUCAGCUGCAGAGCUAGCUGCACACAGUGAGUUUAAGUUUGUGCAGCAGAAAGCCUGUGCUGGCUAGUUAGUUAGUUCGGAACCAUUGGUGGACCAUCUAUCUGGAGAUUCAUCUAUCUACACUGUGGAGGAGGGGUACUGUCUGUUUGGGAGGCCGACGCGGCAUCACUAUUUACCGGCCACACUUUUGCUUUGAUCUUGAUCAUCAUACCAAUUCUACCUCCAUGAUCAUACCGUCCGUAUUGUGAUGUUUCCCUAGCUAGUUAGCUAGGCCCAGACUGAACCUACCUGAACGAACUGGGACAGAACAACCCAUAUCUCGGCCAUCAUCAUGGGUAUGAAAGGGCGACAGUUUCGUUUGCUCCUUUGGAAGAAUUUUGUUCUGCAGAUCCGACGUCCUAUUGGAACCAUUAUUGAACUGCUGCUUCCGUUUUUUGCGACAUCCUUGCUGCUUAUGGCCAGACUUCUCAUACAAUCAGAGGACCUCUGUUUCACAACCUUUGAGCCAGGAUUCUCCAGUCAAGAAACGUUGAGUACUGCGGAAAUCCAACAGCUACAGUCAUGCUUUGUUAACGGCACAGACUGCCCGGAACUGGCUUACUUUCCACAAAACAAUCUUACUGAUUUGUUAAUGGCAGGAGUAGCACUACAGGUGCAAGUUCCUCUCUCACCCUCGAAUUUCACCUCGGAGGAAGAACUGGUCAAGACUGCAGCUGAGGAUCUCAAUCUUUACUAUGCAGCCAUUAUAUUUGACCUUCCAAUGGAUGCAACGACGCUUCCACCAAAUGUGACGUACAAGAUUCGUCUGGCGCAUGACCUGGUGAGUAGAGAGACAUGGUACACUGAGCGAACCUACCCAAACUUUCAGCUGGUCGGACCCAGAACGUACAACAUGUACAAAAUCCGCUUCCUAAGGCUGCAAAAUGCUAUAGAUUCCAUCAUUGCUUUCACUCACUUAGUAGAUCUGCAGGGAGCAGUAACCGCUUUUCUGCUUGCUCAGACAGUUCAAGUACAGUUACAGCAAUUUCCUCAUCCGGGCUACUUAUCAGACAGUUUUCUGCUAAGUCUAGAGUUCCUCAUGCCAUUCCUCAUCUGUCUCAGUUUCAUCUACUCCGCUGGGACUGUCGUCAGGGAGCUUGUGUUGGAGAAGGAGAAGCGAUUAAAGGAGAGUAUGAAGAUGAUGGGUCUAGCUAACUGGCUUCACUGGUUGGCAUGGUACAUCAAGAACCUCGUCUUCCUCAUCAUCCCGGUCCUCCUCAUUACUAUAAUGCUCAAGGUAGGCAAGGUGUUCCCAAACAGUGACCCGACCGUCUUGUUUGUCUUCUUGUUGCUGUGGAUGGUUUGUAGUAUCGCCUGGGGCUUUACCAUCAGUGUCUUCUUCUCCCGUGCCCUUCUUGGUCUCAUCUUUGGCUUCGUUGCAUGGUUUCUCAAUUAUCUUCCUCUGCUCUUCUUGGAUUACGACAGCUCCACUUUGGAAGUUAAGACAGCUGCAUCGCUUCUGUCCAACGUGGCAUUUGGUUUCGGCGUCAAGGUGAUGGCCUUGUACGAAGGCCAAGGUGUUGGUCUGCAGUGGUCAAAUCUGGCAACAUCGCCUUCUCUUGACGACCCCUUCUCCAUGGGAAUAGUCUUUAUGAUGUUCAUCCUUGACACCUUCAUAUACUUACUUAUAACUUGGUAUGUGGAGGCCAUUUUCCCAGGUUCGUAUGGCAUUCCCAAGCCACCGUACUUUCCCUUCCAGAGAUCCUACUGGUGUGGACAGUCGGCUCGGGGAGCCGGUGAUAUUGGUACAGAGAUUGAGAUGGGUCUGACUGAGAAUGUAGAUUCUGCAAACCAUGAAGCAGACCCAGCAGGCGUCCCUGCAGGUAUCAGGAUCAAGGACCUCACUAAAGUCUACAAGAGUUCUGUCGGAAACAAGCUGGCCGUAGAUGGUCUCUCACUCAGCAUGUACCAGGGUCAAAUCACAGCUCUACUGGGACACAAUGGAGCCGGUAAGACCACUACCAUGUCCAUCUUGACUGGACUGUUCUCACCAUCGUCCGGCACAGCGUACGUCAACGGCUGCAGCAUCGUCAACAACAUAGACGGUGUGAGAAAGAGUCUGGGUCUUUGUCCUCAGCACAAUGUGCUGUUUGAUCGACUCACUGUGAAGGAACAUCUCGAGUUCUUCAUUUCACUGAAGGGUAAGUCUGGUCCGGAGGCUAAGCAAGAGGUGAAUACGAUGAUUGCUGAUCUUCAGCUUGUCAACAAAGCAGACUCUCAAUCGACUAGACUGUCAGGUGGAAUGAAACGAAAACUAAGUUGCGCCAUUGCUCUGAUCGGAGGCUCUGAAGUAGUGAUUCUUGAUGAGCCGACGUCCGGCAUGGAUCCAUACGCUAGACGAGCAACCUGGGAUCUUCUCUUGAAAUACCGUCAGGGCAGGACGAUGGUUUUGACUACACAUUUCAUGGACGAGGCUGAUCUUCUUGGUGAUCGUAUUGCUAUCAUGGCCAAUGGGCAGUUGCUAUGCAGUGGCUCCUCUCUCUUCCUCAAGAACAGAUUUGGAGUAGGGUACCAUUUAACACUGGUGCGCAAUAAGGAUUGUGAUGUCGAUGUGGUGCAUUCAUUCAUCAAGAAACAUGUAGCACAGUCCGAGCUUGAAAGUAACGUCGGCAACGAGUUGGACUUCAUUCUGCCAAGAGAGGACAGUGCAAGUUUCAAGCAACUAUUCGCUGACCUUGAAUAUUCAAGGGGUCCACUGGGCAUCGACAGCUUUGGUGUUUCCAUAACAACCAUGGAAGAAGUCUUCAUGAAGGCUGGUGAGAUGGCCGAGGAUGAGCUGAACGGAAAUGCCCAGACCCUCGGGAACGGAGGAGCGGCUGCUGACGCCUCUUCAAGAGAACAACUCACACCAAAUGCUGAGAUUCAAACCAAUGGAAUAGUUUCCUCUGAAGCCUGGCUGGAAACAGGAGAUGUGCACACCGGUAUCAGUUUGAAGAUGCACCAGUUUGUUGCCAUCUUCAUCAAGCGAUUCCUGUACAGCAAACGAGACAAGAAAUCCAUCGUCACUCAGUUCAUCCUUCCGAUCGUCUUCGUCAUCUUCGGCCUUCUCAUCAUUAAGACAAGCGAUGGCCUGGUCAGUGACCCCGCCCGCAUCCUGAACCUGAUGAAUAUCUCAAGCUAUGACCCGUCAAUCUCGCCCAAGGUGUUCUAUGCUGACCUUCGAAACAUGACCAAUAACGAGGACUUGGUAGAGAUUCCUGCAGAUGCCUUUGAUCCUUUCCUCAAUGUAUCGGCAGACGACCUGCUCUCAUUCUUAAACAUAUCCUCGGAUGCGAUUGGUAAUAACACACUCAACGUGACGGAUUUCGGUAAUAAUAGCUUCCUGUUUAACGUGACGGAUGUAAUUGGAGACCAAGAUUUAUUACAGUUUGUACCGGUUGUCCUGGAUGAAGUGCCCAUCGCAUCGAUUAAUGUGUCGGCAGCGGUUGGUACCCUCGUCAGUGAUAACACCGGUAACAUGAUCAAUGGUGUAGCUAAGACCAGCGAUCACGAUUGCUGCGACUACUCCAAUAUAAUCCUCAACAAUGAAUGUGCCAACUUGCUGUACAACUCCUCAAUGGGAAGUGAACUUUGUGCCGACGUGGAAUCUUUUGGGUACUACAGCUGCCAGAGAUGUCUUACCAGCACCAGUUUUGAGGAGAGAAUCAGCUACAAUGUCACCAAACCAUUAACAGGAACUACAGAGGAGAGCAUCGAUUGCCCAAUCGGCGCAAACACCAUGGUCCUGGCGGAUGUGAAUACCUUCUUCCAAGACUACGUCCUCAAUCAGAGUGAAGGUGACAAUUUGUUCUUCAAUAAGUAUGUGGCUGGUUUCACCCUGGCAGACACCAGUGCAGGAGGUAUCUUACUAACAGGCUGGUACAGCAAUGAGGCUUACCAUACUUCCAGUGAAGUUCUGAAUGCCAUGUCCAACAUUGUGCUGAAGUACUUCACCAAUGAAACGUACAGUAUAACAACCAUCAAUCAUCCACUGCCGAAUAGUGCUGUUAAUCAGGUUGAGAAUGCUGCAGAAAGUACAGACACCUUUUCCUUAUCUCUGCUGAUCCUGUACGGUAUGUCCUUCUUAUCGGCCAGCUUCAUCCAUUUCAUCGUCACUGAGAAACAAAGCAAGGCCAAGCAUCUUCAGAUGGUCGGAGGGUUGGAUGGCUUCACCUACUGGGUAGCCAACCUCUGCUGGGACUCCAUUAACUAUUUCCUCGUCUACAUUGUCAUACUCAUUGUCUUUGCUGCCUUUAACGUGGCAGCGUUUAGUGGAGAAAAUCUCGGCACGGUGGCAAUUAUUUUGCUGUUAUUUGGUUGGGCAGCGGUUCCAUUUGUCUACCUGCUCUCAUACUUGUUCAAGACUCCCGUCACUGCAUACGCCGUGACAGUCACACUCCUGUCAAUCUUGGGCUUGGGUACCAUCAUCACAGUGUUUGUCCUUGAGAUCAUAGGGACCUACGAAGAUGAGGUGUUGAUCGUGGAUCAUGUAUUCAUGGCUUUACCCACUCAUUGCUUAGCAAGAGGACUCAUUCAACUAGCAACCAAUGUCGCUAUAAGGUCCACCUGUACUGCUUCAGACUUGGAUAUGGAGUUCUGUAAGGCUAUCAAUGUGACCUAUUUUGAUAACAACCUGGAUUGGGAUCAGCCUGGCGUUGGGCAGCAUUGCUUCUACCUAGCUAUGGAAGGAAUCAUUUAUUUUGCCCUCACUCUUCUCGUAGAGAUGCAAUUCUUCAUUCCAUCUCGCUCGGCUAAGUAUCUGAAGCAUCAUAGCUCGGCUCCAGAGGAUAUUGAUGUUGCCGCUGAGAGGAAGAAAGUGGAAGAUUUGAAUCAUAGGGAAGGUGACUAUGCUGUCAUUCUUAAGAACCUCUCCAAGACGUAUCGAAGCAAACCCUCCCCCGCUGUGGACCAGCUCAACCUGGCUAUACCCAAAGGAGAAUGCUUCGGCCUGCUGGGUGUGAAUGGUGCUGGUAAAACAACCAGCUUUGGUAUGCUGACUGGUGAUUUGAGUAUUACGGCUGGUAAGACGUACAUGGAAGGAUACAGCAUCCAAGCUGACCGUAGAAAGGCUCAACAGAAAAUGGGAUACUGUCCUCAGUUUGAUGCGUUGAUUGACCAACUGACCGGUCGUGAGCUUCUGAUGCUAUUCGCUAGACUGAGAGGUAUCCCUAGACACAAUAUCCAAGCUGUAGUCAAGAGUACCAUCACUCAUCUUAAUCUGGAUAAGUGGGCAGAUAAGCUCUGUGGCACCUACAGUGGAGGGAAUAAGCGUAAGUUGAACACAGCCACGGCUCUGGUAGGAAGCCCACCCAUCGUUCUUCUUGAUGAGCCCACAUCAGGAAUGGAUCCCAAGGCAAGACGUCAUCUUUGGAAUGCUCUGACUCAGGUCAUGAAAGACGGACGCUCUAUCGUCCUCACAUCACACAGUAUGGAAGAGUGUGAGGCGCUGUGUACUAGGCUUGCCAUCAUGGUGAAUGGGCAGUUCAAAUGCCUGGGUAGCACCCAGCAUCUAAAGAGCAGGUUUGGUACUGGAUACACCAUGAUGAUCAAAGUGGAUCCUGCCUUUAACCUCCAAGUAGUCAAGAACUUUGUUCAGAGUGUUUUUGCGGGUUCCAUCCUACUUGAAGAGCACCAGAGCUUGCUCCAUUACCAAGUAGACAAUGAGCAGUUGAGCUGGUCUUACAUCUUUGGUACCUUGGAAGAAAGCCGUGAAGGCUUGGGCAUUGAAGACUACAGCGUUAGUCAGACUACACUAGAACAGGUGUUCAUCAAUUUUGCCAAGGAGCAACACUCUGAGGAGUCCGGUAAAGGACGUCAACAGCGCCCUCCUGCGCCGUACAAUUCCACCACUACAGGUCCCAUGCCUGCCGUCAUUACUUAGGGUAAUGGCAAUGUGUCUUCAACACACCCAAUUCAGAAUAUUCACAAAACUGGGUGAAACAUAUCAGUGAUUACUGGGUGUUUAUGAAAGACCCAAUUAAAAAUAUCUACUCGCCUGAUUGAGAAUAAUGUUAUUGGUAUUAUGGUAUAAAAUGUCACCUGUUCAAACAAGCAUCAUACUCGCACAAUCCUAAUCCUAAUUUGUCUUUUGCUCUCAAGAGCCACCUGCGGCUUCUUUAGGCGGAUACCAGCGCUCUACAAAAGUGUUCUUUAUUAUUAUUGUUUUUAUUAUUAUUAUAAAGGUAUUUCAGUAACACACCUUGAUAUAUUAAACUAUUUAUAAAUCAAAGUAAAAAUGAAGACCAUAUUUUUUCAGUUAUACUGUAACAGGGUAAUGGCCAACUGGGAAUGUUUUCCCAUCUGAAACUUUUAUAACAGGGUGACACUUAUUAUUACAGCAUGUACAUGUAUAUUGAAAACAAGCAACUGGAUUUAUCGUACUACGUGUACAAACAAGCAACUGGAUGUAUCGUACUACGUGUACAAACAAGCAACUGGAUGUAUCGUACUACGUGUACAAACAAGCAACUGGAUGUAUCGUACUACGUGUACAAACAAGCAACUGGAUGUAUCGUACUACGUGUACAAACAAGCAACUGGAUGUAUCGUACUACGUGUACAAACAAGCAACUGGAUGUAUCGUACUACGUGUACAAACAAGCAACUGGAUGUAUCGUACUACGUGUACAAACAAGCAACUGGAUGUAUUGUACUACGUGUACAAACAAGCAACUGGAUGUAUCGUACUACGUGUACAAAUUUGAACAAUUCUAAAGAACUUUGGGUCUCUUGAAAACCAGUGGCUAUAGUAAGGAUUUAUGCAGCACUAUCUUUAUGUAAUAUGUACACUUUGUCAUUUUAAACGUAUUUCUAAUGUAUUUGUAAUAAAUUGUAUUACAAAAUAGAUAUGGGAACAAAAGUUAUAUUUUAAAUGGCUGGUUGUAAUCACAGUUUGUAAAAUUUCACUUUAGUGCUUUCAUUCUUAAGAACUAAAUACUGAGGAAUAUUUUUAAUAGAUUUAACAAGUAUGGGAUAUAUUUUCAACCAAUAUCUUUGUACUAUAUGUGUGUGGCUUCAUCGUGGAAAAAUAUUUGAAAGUUUACUUGAGUGUGUGAUUGUACUUUAUGUUCAGAUAUACAGGUAUAUAUAUAUAUAUGUAAACACACAAAGUCACAUUGGUGACUCUGUUAUUAAACAAAUUUAUUGUGCACCAUUUUUCGGCAUUCUUGUUCAAGAAGACCUGAAGUGGAACAUGCGGGUUGGAAGUGAUGUGUAAAAAAAAAACAAGAAACUUUUCCGAAUGCUCAAAUGUUGUAAUCUCCCAUUGGCUGACCUCGUUACAAUUUAUUUACAGUAUGUCAGGCCCACUCUGGAAUAUCGCCUCCCCUGUGUGGUUUUGUGGUUUGACAAAAUCACAAAGCGAGUGCCUUGAGAGGCUGCAGAGGAAAGCUUUUCGCAUUAUUCUUUCCGGUGACGUCGUCAAUUCUAAACCAUACAGUGACAGGCGUGCAACUCUUCAGCGGAAUUCCGUGUUUUAAAAAGGAUGAUCGGCGCUAAAAUAAUAUAAAUAUAUUUUUGUUAAGCCUAGUAUAUGCCUGGCAACAGCAAUGUACAACUACAAUCAUGUAAA